AAGGGCAUACAAUUGUCUGCACGUGUGUAUUGAUAUACGACUUCAAACUUUUAUUUCUAUGUUUGUAUUAUUUCUCCCAGCCUCUUUGAUGCGCGUGUGUUUCAGAACAGGCUUCAACCGCAUUUCUCCCCUUGAAGGCUUGAAGGAAUGGCGGAGGAAGACGAGAAAGCUCUAGAGGAACAGCUGGAGAAUCAAUUAGAAGAACAGAGAGACUCACUCGCUGUUCUCAAAGAAGCCCUUGUUUCCGACCCUACAAACUCGGAGCUCCUCUCGGUUCAUGAGGAGCUUGUUUGGGCAAUCAAAGAUGCAGAAGAAGGGCUUUUUCACCUGAAACGGGCACGUUUAUUGCGAGAAGCUGAUUCAGCGCUACAUGAUCACAAAUAUACUGCUGAGGAUGUCAAGGUGGAGCCCCUUGAUCCAUCAGAUGCUGAAGCAGAACCACUAGAGGAGCAAAGUUACCAUCUUGGAUCAAAAUGUAGAUUCCGUUACACUGAUGGUCGCUGGUAUAAUGGUGUCAUUUUAGGGUUGGAAGGUUUGGACUCUGCAAAGAUUUCUUUCCUUUCACCCACAUCUGAAAAUAUGUUGAUAUGCAAGUUCUUUCUACAGCAACGAUGCCGAUUUGGCACCAACUGCCGCUUAUCACAUGGAGUUGAUGUCCAUUUAUCUUCCCUGAAGCAAUAUAACCCAACAAUUUGGGAGCAAUCACUCGUGGGGUCCAGCAUUUGGGCAGUCUCAGACGCCAAACAUGGCAUUUGGAGGGAGGCUGAACUUGAAUCGUGGGACAAUGAACUCAGAGUAGGAAAGGUUGUUUUCCGAGAUGACGGGAGCUCGGAAAAGCUUGGGACUGAAUCUAUUUCCUUAUCUGAGUAUGCUGAAAUGAGUGAUGGGGAAACUGAUUCAAGUUCAGAACAAUCUGACUCUUGUGAUGAUGAAGAAGAAGAGGGGUCACAAGGUUUAGGAUUUCUAGAAAGCACUGCCCUGCAGAGGGGCAUCCAGACAGAGACUGCCAUUUUUGCCAAGUGGGAGAAUCACACCCGUGGAAUAGCUUCCAAGAUGAUGGCCAACAUGGGUUACCGAGAAGGAAUGGGUUUAGGGGCAUCUGGACAGGGAAUCGUGGACCCUCUCUCUGUGAAAGUCCUCCCACCAAAGCAAUCUCUUGAUCAUGCCCUUGAGUCCCAUGAAAACGAGGAGAACAAAGAAAGUAGGGGGAAGAAGCGGAGUAGAGGCGGUAAGAGAAAACGUGAUAAGAAGUUUGCUGCUGCAGCUCGGGCUAAAAAAGAUAAAGAAGAAUCAAGACCAGAUGUCUUCAGCCUCAUCAAUACCCAACUUGCAAUGCAUGGAGAAGCUUUGAAUGGUGGAUCAGCAAAGAAGCAGCAGAAUAAAAGUUUAGGGGAGGGGAAGAAAGAAGACAGACGGGCUCUGGUUGCCUAUGAUGAUGAAGUGAGGGAAUUGAGAAUUCGAGUUGAGAAGCUGGAAGAAAUGGUGAACCGAAACAAGAAGGAGAAAGUAGUUUACGAGGCUGCCAUGAGAAAAUUGAAUGAGACUCGCAAAGCUUUGGCAGAGGCCGAGGCAGCUCAUGCAUCUGCUUCAAAAGCAGUUGUGGGCAGAGAAAAAGAGAAGAGAUGGCUCAAGUUUUGAAAAUCAGGUAUGGUUGUAUACUCCUACUGAUACAUUCAUAGGUUCAUUCCAAACUCUAAAUUGAAGUUCCUUCUUGGUGUUAUUUAUAGAGGACUUGUAUAUUUUCCAUCUGUUUCAAACUGUGUCAAGCUUUAGCUAUUGCUGGAAUUAAGGCAACAUGGAUGUGGAAUUUGUUGUGUGAAAAGCAAAUUGGUUAUUUGAAUUUUGAUGAACUGUCAACAAUUAAAGAUUUGUUUCUUUUGAAGCAA